AGAUGUGUGCACAUCAGUGUCAGCGCGCGCGUUCUUGUUCGCAGACAGCGCUUCGGCGGUUGCCACGUCACCCUCACAGUCGUCACUGCAUAAACAGUAAAGAUGGCGGCCUCCAUCCGGGAAAAACAGACAGCUGCUCUGAAGCGAAUGCUCAACUUCAAUGCCCCACCAUUGAAAAACACAACAGCUGAGCCGGUAUGGAAGGUUCUUAUUUACGAUCGCUUCGGCCAAGACAUUAUAUCUCCCCUGCUGUCUGUGAAAGAGUUACGGGACAUGGGCAUCACUCUGCACCUCUUGUUGCACUCAGAUCGCGACCCCAUUCCAGAUGUUCCUGCCAUUUACUUUGUAAUGCCCACAGAGGAGAACAUUGACAGGAUAUGUCAAGAUCUCCGAAACCAACUAUACGAGUCCUACUAUUUGAACUUCAUCUCUGCAAUCUCCAGAAGCAAGUUGGAGGACAUAGCAAGUGCUGCUCUAGCAGCUAAUGCUGUAAACCUGGUGACCAAAGUAUUUGAUCAGUAUUUGAACUUCAUCACACUUGAAGAUGAUAUGUUCAUUCUCUGCAACCAAAACAAAGAACACAUCUCCUACCACGCAAUCAAUAAACCAGAUAUCAUGGACACAGACAUGGAGGCCAUAAUGGACACAAUAGUGGAUAGUCUCUUCUGCUUUUUUGUCACUCUUGGUGCUGUCCCAAUAAUCCGAUGUCCAAGAGGGAAUGCUGCCGAAAUGGUAGCCGUGAAACUUGACAAGAAACUGAGAGAGAAUCUGCGAGACGCUCGUAACAGCCUGUUCACCGGAGACACCAUGGGCACUGGCCAGUUCAGUUUUCAGAGGCCACUGUUUGUUCUUGCCGAUCGUAACGUGGAUCUAGCGACUCCUCUCCACCACACAUGGACGUAUCAGGCUCUUAUUCAUGAUGUGCUGGACUUCCACCUGAACCGGGUCAGUGUGGAUGAGUCUCAAGGGUCAGAGGCCAGCCCAGCUGGAGCACGACCAAAAAAGAAAAACAAGAAGAGCUAUGAUCUGACUGGUGCUGACAAAUUUUGGCAAAAACACAAAGGAAGUCCAUUUCCUGAGGUUGCAGAAGCCGUACAGGAGGAACUAGAUACAUAUCGAGCCCAAGAGGAUGAGGUUAAACGCCUUAAGAGUAUCAUGGGCUUAGAAGGGGAAGAUGACGGAGCCAUUAGUAUGUUGUCAGAUAACACUGCCAAACUUACCUCAGCCGUCAGUUCUCUUCCUGAGCUCCUGGAAAAGAAGAGACUGAUUGACCUCCACACCAACGUUGCCACAGCAGUUUUGGACCACAUCAAGAGCCGUAAGCUUGAUGUGUACUUCGAGUAUGAGGAGAAACUCAUGAGCAAAUCCACACUCGAUAAAUCCCUGCUGGACAUUAUCAGUGAUCCUGAUGCUGGAACAGCAGAAGAUAAGAUGAGGCUGUUUCUGAUCUACUACAUCACUUCCCAGCAGCCCCCAUCUGAGGCUGAUCUUGAACAGUACAAGAAAGCCUUGGUUGAUGCAACCUGCGACUUAUCCUCACUUAACUACAUUAAGCAGUGGAAAGCUUUCACCAAGAUGGCUGCAACACCAGCCAAUUACGGGAGCAGUGGAGUGAAACCAAUGGGACUGUUCUCGAGGGUGAUGAACACUGGCUCCCAAUUUGUGAUGGAGGGGGUGAAAAAUCUGGUCCUGAAGCAGCAUAACUUGCCGGUUACUCGCAUCUUGGACAACUUGAUGGAAAUGAAGUCAAACCCGUGUGCACGCAAGAUUCUGUAUUGCCAAGGCUGACUGCUUUACCUCCCACUGCGGAUUAAUGCGUAUGACACUGCAGCGCUAUGGGACACUGAAUUCACCCUGAAUGAGGCACUUUGAGUAUGCUGAGACCUCAAUCCAGGCAAUCUGAGCUGCACGGUUAAUGCGACUGUCUCAGCCAGGGGAACACCUGUGGAGAGAGAGGGAGAGUGUUUCUAGUGAGUGAACCCAAAGCACAAUGUAUUAAGUUUCUAGGGUUGAGGGAUUUGGAAGCAGUCCAUUUGGGCUUUUCACCUUUGUGAGGUGGAACAAAGGUACAAACCCCUCGUGUGAGCAACACUAGGGGACGUCUCUACAGCAGCUGAAGCUAUUUCAUCGAUAAUGGAAUUGUGUUCUGCUACACUCGAGGAUCUCAUUGUCUGCAAAAUGUCUGUAUAUAAAGCAUCAGGUAUUUGAACACACUGGCUGUGGUCAAGUUAUCAUUGGAUAGGCUUGAAGGAAAACUGCUUUGAAAAUUUCUCCCGAUGCUUUGAAAUCAACUAACUGCUGGGACGGUGUGUGGGGAAUGAUUGAUGCUGAUGUUUUCUAAAUGUGGAAUUACCACAGAAGAGAUGAUGUGGCAAAUCUUUGACAGCGCCCUCGUAAUAUGACUUCUAGGACUCUUUUCUAUUUAGACGUCUUGAAUUCUCCCCAAGCACCCUUCCAAGAACUGUCCCAACGUGUUUUAAAUAUAAAGUGCUGUAGUGGAGACAACUAGCUGGCAUAUUAGCUCUUGCAAUCAUUCGUUUGUGUAACAGUGGCCUUUUAGCUUCCCCUUCUCGUUCCUUGAAAUAAAGACCUUAUUUCCUUCUGAAACACCCUCAGGGUCCCUCUGAUCUUCUUGCUCUCAAAAGCUGGGGUGGACAGAUUGCCAUAUCCCGUUACCGCAACUGGAAAUGCUUCCCCUUCGUUGCCCAUAAACUUGAAUUGAACAUAACCGUAUUAUAAUUUUCUCAGCUUCUGGAAUUUCAGCACACUGCACAAUACUGCUGUUGUUGGGGAAGCUGGGCGGCUGAGCGCUACAGAAUCUCCUGCCUCUGCGGGUCGUCAGAUAGUCCUCGCAGAUGGGCCUGUGCGACAGGAUUGCAAUAGUUUGUUCAGCACUCUCUAUUAAUAUUGAGCUUCGCUACCCGACAAGGGUAAACCGAUAGCAGAAAAAUCUGGAGCAUUUCACCAUUUGGAAGUGCAGCGAGGCUCUUCUUUCUGUGAGUUGACGGUAAAGUAUUUCUUCCCAGAAUGAAGUAUGCGCCAGAGCGCCAGGCCUGCCAGGCCGGGCUGACUGAGGUCCCGUGGGGGAAGAGACAGGCUUGGCCCAUCCAAUAUGGAGGAUGAGGAAGUAGGAGGCCAUUGGCCUCCGCCUCAGAGACAGCUCUCCUCAAUUUGUGUCGAGACUCUUCAAAGCAGAGUGAUGAUAAUCUUGCUUUUUUGAGUCAUACUGGAGGACAUUUUACUGUUUGAGGCUUCUUGAACCUUCUCAGACGAAUGGUUCCUGGGAAGCAUUCGAUCUUGAUAAGCGUUUAAUGUAGAUAGAUGAGGUGGUUUUUAGGAGAAGGUGAUGUGGGGAGGGUGCACUGAGUGUUAUUUCAUCCUCAAUUUACUUACGCGCUCUGUAAUCCCUAAUGUUAUGUGU